AUGAUUGAAUUACUCUUUCAAAAAUCCGUCAGAAUUCGGGUUAUUUCGUCUUCGCAUAACAUGUUAACAGAUAGGAGACGAAGAAAUAGCUUUCCAAUUCUGUCGAAAGUAAGUUUAUCAUCAUGGUAUGAUGAAACUCCACCUGAUUCAAGCGAUGAUUCAGAAAAUUCAAGCUCUGGCUGGAUAGACAAUUAUCUAAGUUCGUUCAAAUCCAAGUGGCUGCUCAGAGUCCCCGAUGAAUACAUUUUAGAAGAUUUUAAUUUGUACGGACUUUCAGAAAAAAUUCCGCAAUACGUUGAAGCACUAGAAAUUAUAAGAGAUUUAAAGCAAGUACCUCCUGAAGAGCUAUAUUUUGAAGAUCCGUCGAAACCUACUUUAGAUGCUCUAAUCCAAAAUCUAUACUUUCUAAUUCAUCAGCGAUAUGUACAAUCUGAAGAAGGCUUAAAACAAGUUUUCCAAAACUAUAUGCAAGGUGUCUACGGAGUUUGUCCAAGAACUGAAUGCCGUGGACAAUACGUUGUCCCAUGCGGAAUUUCAGACCAACUCGGGAUUUCAGAGUGCUGUAUAUAUUGCCCACGGUGCAAAGAUAUUUUCCAUUCAUAUAACACAGAAAUCUCAAAUAUCGAUGGAGCAUCUUUUGGAACUUCAUUUGGACCAUUUUUCUUUCGAACUUAUCCUCAUUUAGAACCUCUUGAAAGUGCUCGUAUGCUUGAACAGAGAGUUUACGGAUUUAGAGUUGCUGAUUCUCAUAAGAGAGGAGUCCAUCCGUUUUAG